AAAAAGAAAUAAAAAAAAAAAUUUGUUCCUCACUUUCCUAACUUCACACGGAUAAAAUGCAUAUAAAUACGACGAAUGUAAUACCUCAACUAUGCUUAAAUGGAGCACAUGUUUGAAUAGCAACGGCAACGGAUGUAUAGAGUGUACUAUACGCAAAGAAUAUUGCGAAAAUGUAAAUAAAUAAAUAAAUAAAUAAAUAAAUCUUUCAACGAAACAUAUCAAGUAAAGUGCCAUCAAAGAGAAUUAUUUAGCAAUAAGGCGGAUAGGGGAGAAAGGAAAAGAAAAAAGCAAACGAAAAUAAUUAAAAUUGAAAAAUAGAAUACGUUGCGAAUCGUUUGCGACUUUAAUAUCACUUAAUUUCUGUUUAAAUGAAUUCAGCGAAUAAAAGAAGAAAUGGAAAGCGAUUAUUAAAAAAGAAAAGCGGAAAGAAAUCAAUGCUCAAAAAUGAAGCACUUUUAUGGCAAUGAAUAGAUGAAUGAAAUGAAUUAAAAAGGAAAUAAUACCGAGGACGUCAACAGAACAAAUUAACUUUCACUUUGUAGAGGAAAUUAUAUAAUUAUUAGCAACUGUAACUCUCUGCAUAAUAAAAAAAGAAAGAAAGAAAAGUGGAGCAGAGGGAAAGCAUUCCACACAGACUUGCCACGCCACGCUUCGGUCACAAUUAAAGCUGAAUUUUGAGCUGAAGAAUUGAAAUUACAUUUUUUUUUUCUCCUCUUUUUUUUUGUUCGUCGAACUCGAGCAAAUUGAAAUGUUAUAAAGAAAAGCAACAGCAUAAAUAUAUUACGAGCAACAUCAAACGUCAAACCAUUGCGAAUACGAAUACAACGGCAGUCUGCACUUUUUUAUUCAAGCUGCUAACUCAGCUGCUCCAACAUAAAAUAGCCAUACACACACACACGCACACACACACACACACAAACAAACAAACAAACAAACAAACGAAGCAGACCUGGUCUUUAAUGCAAUUUGCUGGUAAACGGAAAUAGUUGACGGAAGUUCAAGCAGCCAUUGACAAGUUACAAAAACGGCAAUAACACCAACAAAAAUUAUACUAAGUUAUCGUAUGUUUACUGCUGCUUUUGUUGCUGUAUGCACAUGUGUAUGUGUGUGUGUAUGUGUGUGUGCGAAUGCAUGAAAGUGAACGUUUAUGUGGCCGCAUGGAUUUUUAUAUAAGAGGAUAUAACAUGACAUAAAAAUUUGUUAGUUUGUAACGGAAAUGCAUUGUUAGAUCAAAACACACACUCACAUCCAAUCGUAUAUAUAUAUACGUAUAUAUAUACAUAUAUAUAAACAGGAAUCCAGCCACCUGCUUACAUUAUGAACGUUUAUAUAUAAAGUUAAUAUAAUUUGUUACCCCAAAAAAUAAGGAAAGAAAGCAAAAAAGAAUAUACCGACAGACACAUCUCGCUGUGACUUCGAGAAGAAGAAAUCAUAAGAAACUUGACAAAUUAUUAACUAGAGAGCCGAGCAGAAUGUCAACAAAUAUUGUUGUUACGUUUCCAUUUCGCGAUUGCAUCGAGAGCAAAUGCAAAGAAGAUAUUAAUCAUCUUGAAACAUAAGAAUUUGCGUUGGGUUACGCGUUUAAAACCUGAUGACUACCGCUAAAAGACGCGCAAACAGUGGCGCGACAAUUGUUGCUGACAACCAUUAUUCACAAUCGAAUCAACAACAACAACAACAACAAUUACAACAAUUGCAUCAACACUCAAUAAAUUACCAAGAACAACAACGACAGCAACCACAUCAUGGACUUAGUCAGCAAACAUAUCAACAACAACAGCAACCUCUACACACCCCACAGCCCCAACAGCAGCAACAACAACCGCAAAUUAUUACCGACCAUAGUCAACAACAACAAUAUAAUUAUCAGCAAAUGCCAUCUAAUCAAAAUUAUAGAAAUUCCGGAACAAAUGAAACCUCAUUACUAUCGUCCUCAACAACAUCUUCAUCAUCAUCCUCGCCGCCAUCUACGGUGCGCAACGAAUGUUCGGUGAAGCUACCACUAGAUAUUUUAUGGUUACCAAAAUCUGCCAUGAGGCCUGUAGGGCCUGAUACAUCGCAUACCGAUUGUAUAUUGGUUGUGGGUGUUUCCCGUCCCAAAUUAGCUGUAGUCUUUCUUACCGUUAUGUUAAUAUCAUUGUUUUUAACAUUUCAUGUACUAUACGAUAGCGCGGUUUAUAAUAUCCAAGCAGCACAAGCCGUAAACAAUCGUCAUCAUCAUCAUCAUCAGAAUCAUCUUUAUCAUUAUCAGACUUUGCAACAACAAAAACAACAACAACAAUCAUCGCAACAGCAAACGCAAACGCAAAUGUCAUCGCAGCAACUUAAAUAUAAUCAACAGCGUACAUCCUUACUAAGUAUUGGCACAGGCAGCAAUAAUAAUCGUGGCGAUGGUGGCAGUGCCAGUGGCACGGUUUAUGCUGCCGGCUCAUUGUCUAGUGCAGGUCAUGUUGUUGCUUUUAUGAAUAGCAACAGUAUUAAUCGUUUGUCAGAAUUGUAUGAUAAGUCAGCUGAUAUUUCAUCAAAUCAACAGAUAAGCCAUCCAAUGGUGUUUCCUUCGAAUCGUGUACAUUUUCCUAAAACCAGUCGCCGUUUGCCACAGGCUCUCAUAAUUGGCAUACGUAAAUGUGGAACACGUGCUUUACUGGAGAUGCUGUAUUUACAUCCGCGCAUACAAAAGGCAGGCGGUGAGGUGCACUUUUUUGAUCGGGACGAAAAUUACAUGAAGGGUCUGGAUUGGUAUCGCAAAAAAAUGCCGCAUUCGUUUCGUGGACAAAUAACCAUCGAAAAGAGUCCCAGCUAUUUCGUGUCGCCUGAGGUGCCUGAACGUGUAAGAGCCAUGAAUGCCAGCAUAAAACUUUUGCUGAUUGUACGCGAGCCAGUGACAAGAGCCAUUUCAGAUUAUACACAAUUACGUAGUCAUGCAGCGACGGCCAGUUUACCCGUAAUGGUUGAGACACCAACGUUAUUGUCGUCAUCAUCGUCAUUAAUGUCCUCAACCUCCUCUUUAUAUUCGAAUGGUGUUUGGACAUCUAUGCAAAAGCAGCAAAAGCAGCAAAAGCAGGAACAGCAGCAACAGCAGCAACAUCAACAGAAACAGCAAAAAAUUUCUGGAUUUUACAAUAAAUUAAGUGCCGGCAAUGCUGCUGCUAUGCAUGAUAAUGCAUUGGCGGAUAGUGGUGCUGGAAUUGGUGGUGUUGGUAGUAAACUUAACUGGAAAAGCGGAAAUGCUUAUCGUCAAUACAAAGCACCAGCCAUCACGACUACCACAACCACAACAACGCUUAGUGCAGCAAACUUACCGAGCAACGGUAUACAAAUUUCAUCCAAGACCUUCGAAGAAUUGGCUAUUUUUCCCAAUGGCACUGUAAAUGAUUCAUAUCGUCCAUUAACUAUAUCUAUGUAUCAUUUACAUUUGCAUCGUUGGCUGGAAGUCUUCCCACGUGAGCAAUUACUGGUAGUGAAUGGUGAUCGAUUAAUUGACGACCCAGUUUCGCAACUAAGACGAAUUGAAACAUUUCUAGGUAUUUAGCAUCGCAUCAAUGGCAAUCAUUUUUAUUUCAAUGAGACAAAAGGCUUCUAUUGUUUGCGUUACGACAGCGGGGACCGUUGUUUACGUGAAACUAAAGGACGCAAACAUCCUCAUGUUGACCCGUUAGUUAUAUCGAAAUUACGUAAAUUUUUUGCCGAACAUAAUCAACGUUUUUAUGAAUUGAUAGGUGAAGAUUUGGGUUGGCCAGAAGAAUGAAUAUAUAUAUAUAUACAAUAAUAAAUCUACACAAUAUAUACAUAUGAAUAUGCAUAUGCAUAUA